AUGAUGAAUAUGAAUGAUAUAUCAUCAUUACUUCCAAGUAUUGAUUCAUUUCAAUUGCAUGUACCUUUAACAUCAACACCAAAACGUUCGAAUAAAUCUUAUAAUUCUCAACCAUUAUCAUCAACAUUAUCAAUGUCUAAUGAUUCUUGUACACAAUUUGAAUUAUCAAUUUCAGCAAUAACGUUAGUUCAACGAUCACCUAUAUUAUCGUAUCAAAAACAAUAUCGAUUGAAUCGUUGUCGACGAAGUCAUAUACCUCCAUCAACGAUUAUUAAACGUAUUGAAUUGAAAUAUUUAUUAUAUUCAACAAGAGCUAUGAAAUAUAAUAAACAACGUCAAUAUACAGAUACUGAAAUGAAAAUUUAUGUUCUAUAA